UCUCUGCUCUUUAAAAUCGCUCAGCACACGCUUCUCGUUGAAUCAAAAAACUCCGUCGACUUGCAAUAUCUGCGAGGAUUCCGAUACGACACCGUUUUAUGUCUCUAAUACAUACUUGCGUGUCACGCGCGUUCAACCUCUUUCCUCUAUAUAUGUGUCGAUCACUGGGCCUACGCUUUUCGGAGGAAAACCUCGGCGAUUUUGCAAUGCCGGCUCUUCAUCUUAGUCUUGUAGGUCUGCUCCUAUGGUUUUCAGUGGCGGGUUUGAUAGUCUUACCCGCGGAGGCACAAACCUGUGCUACCCGGAAAUUCAGCAACAACAAGCUCUUCCAACACUGCAGCGACCUCCCUACGCUGAGCUCUUCCCUCCACUGGACGCACGACGCCGAUGGGAGCCUUUCCAUUGCCUUCGUUGCGCCGCCGGCGAAGUCUGAUGGCUGGAUCUCGUGGGCCAUAAACCCCACUGGAAGUGGCAUGAUCGGAGCGCAGUCGCUCAUCGCGUUCAAGCAGACCGACGGCUCCAUGACGGUGAGGCCCUACAGGUUGAACAACUACCAAUCAGUGGAGCAGAAGAACCUCACCUUGGAGGUUUCCGACAUGAGCGCCGAGAGCUCCGGCGGUCAGAUGAUGAUCUUCGCCACAUUCCGGCUGCCGGCGAACUGGACGACGGUGAACCAGAUGUGGCAAGUCGGGAGUACGGUCACCGAUGGUAGACCAAUAAUCCAUGAUACUCAGACUCCGAAUCUGAAUGCCAAAGGAACUCUAGAUUUGGUGGGAGGACAAACCGGUACUAAUACCGGCGGCGACUCAAGAAUCAGAAAGAGGAAUAUUCAUGGAAUUCUGAAUGCAGUGAGCUGGGGAAUUUUGUUUCCAGUAGGAGUCAUUCUUGCAAGGUACCUUAGGACAUUCGAGUCUGCAGAUCCAGCGUGGUUUUAUCUUCAUGCUGGCUGCCAAUCAUCUGCUUAUGCUAUUGGAGUUGCUGGCUGGGCCACCGGCCUUCAGCUUGGGAGUAAAUCCAAGGGUAUACAGUACACUACUCAUCGCAACAUUGGGAUCGCUCUCUUCUCCCUUGCCACUGUGCAGAUUUUUGCAUUGUUUCUGAGACCAAAGAAGGAGCACAAGUUCCGGUUCUACUGGAACAUCUACCACCAUGGUGUUGGAUACGCAAUACUCAUCCUGGGAAUCCUGAACGUCUUCAAGGGUCUUGACAUUUUGGACCCUGCAAAGAAGUGGAAAUCGGCAUACAUAAUUGUGAUUGCGAUUUUGGGAGGCAUAGCCCUGUUUCUGGAAUUAAUUACCUGGGCUGUUGUGUUGAAGAGAGGGCGGGCUUUGAAAUUUGGUUAAAAGGGUUUUAGGAUCUGGGCCUUUAGGGAUGGACCUUGGGCUUUGAAAAAGGGUUAAUAAUAAUAUGCUUUUAGGCUUUUGAAA